UUAAUUGUCAUUGGCGGCAUCGCUCUCGACAUUACAGCUACGACCUCUGUGCCCUCAUCAGCAAGAUCGUUGAAAGGCAUUCUUCAUACCUCUACUUUAGGUCAAGUAAAGCAAACAUUAGGGGGUGUAGGUCGUAAUGUAGCAGAGUCAGCUUGGCGAUCAGGUGCCGAACAAGUCAAACUUGUGUCUGUGGUAGGGCAAGAUAUGGCAGGUGACAUAGUGAAAGCUGGAAUGAAGAAACUAGGCAUGCAAACGGCAGUGUAUAAUGCUUUGCACUCCAGUGAUGGACAAUUGGUAGCUGCUGUUGCUGACAUGAGUAUAUUUGAGGCUAUCCAUUCUGAAAAAGUAAAAAGUGAAAGAAAGAGAGUCUAUUGA